AUGGACAACAAAAUGAAUGAGUGGGCAGAUAUUGGGAUUCAAUCAACUGAUGGAUGUCUCUUCAAAGUACAUCGAAAUACACUUGCCGAAAAAAGUGAAUACUUCAAAAAGCUAUUUGAAUGGAACGAUCAACAAGAGAUCAUUCAUGUACCAGGAAUCUGUGGAGAAGUCAUGAGCUGCAUAUUCAACUAUAUUUAUAAUGGAAAAAUACAGAUCACGGUUGAAAAUAUCCUUCAGAUCCUCAUGGCUGCUGAUUACUUUCUGCUGGAAGAACUAGUUCAGAAAUGUCGAAGAUUCAUUGCUUUUUCUUUAACGGUUAAGAACUGCGUUGCAGCUUAUAAUGCAGCAUUGCUGGUUGAUAGACUGAAAAUCGAAAAGAUUUGUCAUCGAUUCAUUCAAGUACAUUUUGAAGAGAUAGCGCAGAAGGAAAUUGAAAGUUUCGUCAACCUUCCGAUGGAAACACUGACAACGAUCUUAAGUGAGGAAUGCCUGAACGUGUCUAAUGAAGAUAUUUUGUGGAAAGUGGUCAUUGAAUGGGUGAAGAAAGAUUUAACGGCACGACUGCGUUGUAUGCCACAUCUUUUGCUGUCCAUUUUUGCAGACUUUUCUGAAAAAUCUAAGCAAGAUCUGCAUGCUGAUUUGAAUUUCAUAAAUCUUUCCCAAGGACCAAAAGCUCUAGAAAGCUCUUUUGAUUUUGUGAGAAGUGAAGUCGUAGGAACCAUAAAACUGCUGAAUCCCACUCAGUUUACUGUUAAAAUGCGACAGCCAAGGAAACUUUAUUUCAUUGUUAAGCUGUUUUAUCAAAACCGAUCUGAAAUCCAUUUGACCUUUGACAACAAUUUGGACAUCUGCCGAAAACUCUCUUUCUGCAACGAAUUCUUUCCAAAUACUGUAGUGAUGAUUGAUCACAUAGUCUACAUGUUCAACUCGUUCUCUGGAGAAAAUGUGGCUUUUGCUAUACUCAACCAGCAAUUGUUUUCCUUACCACCUACUACUCGAAACAGAUGCAGCAUUGUUGUUCUUGGGAGGUGUAUCUACGCCCUAGGAGGUUGCCUUGAAGAUUUACCCAGAGAAUUUAGUCCACCUAUCGCUGAACGAUACAAUCCGAACUUACUGUGCUGGGAACCGAUCAGACCCAUGAGGUGCAACAUGGUCCAAGCAGUUGCUUUUGGUGGAUUCAUUUUUGCUCUCGGGCAGUAUGAUAUUGGUAGCGAUCGUUUCAUGAUCUUCGAGAAAUAUCCGUCUCCUCGUGUGCACAUUCUGGAAGAUUUGUUGAUCAUUUUCGAUUACAACGCCCAAUUUCCACCAAUAUGCGGGAAUGGAAAUGAAUGGAAUCAUUACCACAAAUUGUCAAAUCCCGACAGGUACUUAUUUUACUGCCUGAAAGACUUGGAUGUGAUUGCCAAAAUAUGGAGGCAGAGCGUUGGCCAAGAAAACAAAUGGCAGCAGUUCAUCCAAGAUAAAUUUUUGUAG